AUGGCUGAACAUAUCCAGUCAUUUGGACGAGUCAAGAUUAGUGACAGUGAAACUAUUGCGUUCUACGCCACUAAGUGUAUGAUUGCCGUGUGGAAUGUACGCUAUAACUCUAUUCACUGUGCUGCCAAUCUAUUGGCUGGUCUGGCUCCCUAUCACGAACACAUAGCCAUUCAGGUGGUAGAUGGAGUUUUGGAAGACAUUAGACUAGGAAUGGAGAUAAACCACCCUAAGUAUAACCAGAGGCGAGUGAGCUGUGUUAAGUACCUGGGAGAGCUGUACAAUUAUCGUAUGGUGGAGUCCGCCGUCAUCUUCAAAACUCUCUACUCCUUCAUCACUUUCGGAGUCGUCAUGGAUGAGGCUAACCCGUCCCCGUUAGAUCCACCAGAGCACUUGUUCAGGAUCCGACUGGUGUGUGUGCUGCUGGAGACCUGUGGUACAUACUUUGACAAGGGAUCCAGCAAGAAGAAACUGGAUUGUUUCCUGGCAUACUUCCAGCGUUACUACUGGUUCAAGAGAAGCAGUGGGAUCUUCACGGAGACUCGACCGUUCCCGGUAGACGUAGAGAACCUGAUGAUCGACACAAUGGAGUGUGUACGACCCAAACUGAAACUCCAUCAGAACUACGAGGAGGCGGGUAAAGCCGUGGAGGAGUUAGAGAAUGAGUACAAACAGAAAGUAGCCUCCGUGUUGACGAUUAUAGAAACAGAUCAGGAGGGAAGUGCCAGCGAGACAGAGGAGGGGCUGGGGACGAUACAGGAGACAGAGGAGUAUGGUGAGGAUCUAAGUUUAAGUGGGGUGGAUGAGAGUGAAACCAGUCAGGAGGAUAUCAGCCAGAGGAGUAUCAAUGAGGAGGGAGAAGAGGAGGGAGGAAUCAGUUAUAAUGAGGAAGACGACGAUGUCAUGGAGAGUGCGGGGGAAAACGAAGAGGACGACCAGAUGACAAUUAUGAAAGGUGGCCCUAAGCACAUCAAGUGUACGGAGGAUGAGGAUUUUAUGACAGCUUUUGACAAAAUGAUGUCGGAGAACAUUCAGGCACGUACGAAUGAGUCUCUGAAAGUUCCUCAGCUGGACAUCGCAGUCCCAAUGAACCUCAAAGACAAGAACAAGAAAAUAGUAAAUGUGAAUUUGUAUCCAAUGCAAGAGGAGGAGGUGCCAAAAGAAGAAGACAGGUCAAUAGAAUUUGUGUUGAUGACACGGCGGGGGAACAAGCAACAGUUCACUAAUCUGAAUGUUCCCAUUUCUGAAGAGUUUGCCACAAAGUACAGAGAAAGAGAACAGGCGGAGAAAGCAGAGAAGGAGAAGAUGAAGCAAGUCGUGUUAGGAAUCCACGAGAGACAGGAGGAAGAAGACUACCAAGAGAUGAUAGCAUCCCUGAAUCGUGUAAUGCCGGUCAACACUAACCGAGAGAGGAGAGUGCGAUACCAGCACCCCAAGGGGGCCCCAGACGCUGAUCUGAUCUUUGGAUCCAAGAAGAGAUGAUGAAAAAUGAAAGUGAAAGAGAACCCUUUCCCAAAACAGGGUCAUGACCUACCACUGGCAUCGCGUCCAAAGUCCAACACGGAUAAAAACAGGGGACUUAACUCUAGCAUUGAUCUGUUGACAACAAUUACUGUACAAUACAAUGAUUGAUUAUUACCGGCUGUGGAAAUUACAGGGAGAGAUAAAUUAUUAUUUAUUUGUUGUGGUGGGAAUGUGUAGAUUCACAAUGUCUGACAAGUCUAUUAUAGAUUGUUUUACUCAUUAUUAUUAUUAUGUAUACAUAUACACUGCUGCCUCUGCUGGUCUGAACUAGCUGCAGUUUCCUGUGACCAAUCUUAAUAACUUAGUCAUCUCUCAUGAGUAUUUCACUGUAAAAGCAACAACAA